AACGGCCUCUUGUCUUCGGAAUUGCGAUUUAUUUAGAAUGAUGGAAGAGAGUUGUGAGCUGCGAUGAACAUCAUUGGAUAAUCGCUUCACACUUAUCCUUCCUUUCCGAUUUGGACGCCGAAACGAACUAUCGAAGCCACUUAAAAAUUAUUCUCAGAUCGCUUCGAUGGUCGAUCACUACAACAAGUUGGUUAAACUAGCUGCGAGGGCUUUUUAUGAUGAUCUAACGAGUAAAGGAGAGAAUCAACCUAAAUCGGGAAGGAGUGAUAACAGAGGAAUCGCUGUAGUGAUCCUCGAUGCCCUCACAAGGCGACAAUGGGUCAGAGAAGAAGAUUUGGCAAAAGAUCUCAAAUUACACACAAAACAACUUCGCCGAACUCUGCGGUUUUUUGAAGAGGAGAAGAUCAUUACUAGAGAAUAUAGAAGAGAGACAGCAAAAGGAGCCAAAUUGUAUAGUGCUGCUACAGCUGCUACAGUUGAUGCUCAACUGACUGGAAAAGAGGGAGAAGAGAAGGUCAAGUUACACACACACUCUUACUGUUGUCUAGAUUAUGCACAGAUAUAUGAUGUGGUUAGGUACAGAAUCCAUCGCAUGAAGAAGCUGCUGAAAGAUGAAUUGGACAACAAGAACACAAUUGAAGAAUAUAUCUGUACAAAGUGUGGAAAAAGAUACAAUGCUCUGGAUGCAUUGCGGCUAGUAUCUUUUGAAGAUGACGACUUCCAUUGUGAAAGUUGUAAUGGAAAACUUGAGGUAGAAAGUGACAAGUUUGUUGUUCAAGAAGCGGCUGAUGGAGAUGAUAAUGCAAGAAGAAGACGACAUGAAAAGUUAAAAGACAUGCUUCAAAAGAUGGAGGUUCUGUCAUGAUUUUACAAUGUUGUUUCUUCUAUUUUGGGCUUCUUAUUAUGAAUCCUUUUGUUUUAAAAUUGAUUACUUGAUUAUGGUUUUCACAACCAUUUGCUAGAAUUGAUUAAUUUCCUAUCAUUAGGUCUCACAGCGUAAAGGUAUUGAUUUAUGAAUAAAAAUUGCUGUGAGGUUAACAUAGUCUUGUUUUAUUUGUUCAAUUAUCUGUUUGUUCCCAACACAAUCCUGGGGCGACAACUUCAUUUCACUGUCUAAAAUUCUUUAGGACCUCUAUGCUAUCCCUACAGUCACGUUAGCAAAAAUGCACUUUCUAGUCUCCCUUGCCCUAAAAUGUUUGUGUUUAUGGCUCAGUUUAUCACACAAGAGUACCAUUCGUAUUGAUGGUGGCAAAAACCACAAUUUUGUGCAGACAUAUGCAGCAAAGUUCCUUGGCUUCCUACCUCAUCUAACCAAUGCCCUUUGCAUCAUUGUUGGCAAUGGCUCUAUCCUCAUGUUUGUCCACAAGUCUUACUCACCAUCCAAGGCCAAGUUUUUUCUGUUGAGUUCUCCAUCCACAUGUUUGUCCACAAAUCUUUACUCACCAUCUGGGAACAAACAUUAGUUUGGGCGCGUAAUGGCUCAUGAAUCUUGGACCCAUACAUAACAAGAACUAUGAUACCCUAACAAUGCAAUUCCAAUGUAUAAGCCAACAUGUGGUGUUCUAAAAUUGUCAUUAAUGGACCCAAAAAGUUAUCGACCUAUCAAUUUGGAGGUUCCAUUUAAAAAACAUGUACUACUUAAACAUUAUUCCAGUUAGCCUUAUUGCAUGACCCACACUUGAACCUACUUACUAAAUGAUGUUGCUAAUCAUCCUAUUGUGGAACCUAUGGCUAUACUUGACUACAAAGGAGAUAAUGUUCUCACUCCAAAUGGCUAUAAUUGCUAAUUAUCCAAAUGGGACAAUGUUCCUAGUGUAAUGAGUAGGGCUUGUGCCCU